GCAACAAUUGAUUCCUUCAAACUGAAGUAGCAGCCAUUUCGUAGAAUUGUUAAAGAAUGGAGAACGACAAUCCUGUCGAGGACCCUACCAUUGACUGCAGAGGAGAUGCUGUUGCACUUGGUGCAAGAGGCUAUAAUGUGCAGGAACCAGACAUGAUGUUGGGUCCAAAGAAGUGUCUUCCUGGGCCAUGGAGCCCGAGGAGAGAUGUCAGAAGAAAGGUUGCUGUGGUCAAGCCCUUUAUCCGAGAAGUGGCAGAUGACGAGGAUGUAAUGGAGCUCUCCCAGAUCCCAAUCACUUUAUCAGCCACAGAGUCUCAACCUGAUUCAGAAUCUGAUUCUGAUAAUGAUUGGGAUGCGUUGUUUGAUUUGGAUUUGGAUUGGGGUUCAUUGUUUGACUCCUUGUCUGAUAUUGAUUGGAUUUCCUUGUUUAACUCUUUAUCAGACUCAUCGUCUGACUUUUCAUCCGAAUCAUCAUCUGAAUCAUCAUCAUCUGAUUCAUCAUCUGAAUCAUCAUCAUCUGAUUCAUCAUCUGAAUCAUCAUCAUCUGAAUCAUCAUCUGAAUCAUCUGACUCCUCGUCUUCAUCUGAUUCUGAUUCAGAUUCUGAUUCAGAUUAAUCUGACUGCACACCUGAUUCAGAAUAAUGUGACACAUAUCGGACUGAUAGCCCGAAUCAUAUAAAUAAAAAUGAGCUCCAAAUACCCUAUAGCACUACAACAUUGAGCACUUGGCACUUUGUGUUUUUAUUAAACG